GACGCAGGUGAGGGGCGGAGGCCAGUCGGCUUCGAUCCGUCAGACGACUCGCGUGUGUAAUAUCGGUUAACGUGGUUGUCGUAUCACGACUUGGUCGUACUCGGCGCCGCGUAGCUGUCGUAUAGUUUGAGGAUGAUCGGUGGCUGGUCGGUGAAACGAGGACCAGCGGCACCGUGUGAUCCCCGCACGUGACUUCCACACGCGAUUUUUCCGCUCGAUCGAGCGAAGGAAACCUGCAGGGUGAAGAAGGAGAAGGAAGAGGGACCAGGGAACGAAGGACGAGGACGACGUCGUCAUUCGAAACGCGAAAGGAGAAGCUAGGACAAGCUAACAGACAAACCGGGCGCAAGCAUCCCGUGCUCACAUCCCGUGCUCACAUCCGGCUGCUGCUCUCUUCACGUGCACCGCGCGCGCUUACGCCUCCGGUGUUCGACGGCUCUCCUGCGACGAUCGAUAGGCACACAGGGGACAGGCGCCUGUGGGUGGUGUGUAUGUGUGUGUGCGGUGGCGCGUUGUCGUCGAGCGAUCAACCCAGCAGCGGAGCGCGGAGCCAGUGUGCUCGCGGACGGCGUCGGAAGGAAGAAGAGAACGAGAGAGAGAGAGAGAGAGAAAGAGAGAGCGCCGACCGAAUCGAUCGAUUCCCCGGCCGAUUCUCACGAGUAGCUUCUGAUCCGCCGUAUCUACCUGCAUGAAGGCAAUGGUGGUGAGCCCGGUGAGCGGCAGAGUGCCGCCGAACCACCGCGGCGUUCUGCACAAUGGCCUAGGGAUCGGCGGCACCAGGCGUGACCUCGAGGCCGAGGAGGUGGCCGCCUAUCUGACGAAGCUGCGCUCCCUCGUGCCGGACAUGCCGCGCAAGCGGAAGCUGUCCAAGCUCGAGGUGAUCCAGAGGGUGAUCGAGUACAUCUGUGACCUGCAGACCGCCCUGGAGGAGACGAACGCCGCGCAUCAGGACGCGAAAACAACGACGAUGACGACGACAACGGCGGAGGCGACGGUGACCACGGUGACGACGCAGAGACAACCCCUGCAACCGCUGCUGAACGUUGCCACCACCACACCACCUCUAUCGCGGCUGCUGCCGCCGCCGCCGCCGCCAUACCACGUCGACCAUCACGUCCGUCGUGGCGGCGACGGUCGCCGAUCGGUGACCUGGCGCCGGUGGGACCCGCUAGGGUACUACUACAGGUCGUAGAUCCGAGGCCACCCUCCUCGCGGACGCUACUAGGACGUAGGUCGCUCCGCUCCUCUGAGGGGAGGAUGUCUGCUGAUCCACUGCUCUCCGGGUCACGGAAGAAUGUCGAUCAUCGUCGUCCGGAAGAGGAUCAUCACCACUACCAUCAUCAUCAGCCGGAGGGGGAUCGCCACGUCCGGAGGGCGGCGCACCUACAUCCGAGACGUGCGACGGUGACGGAGAGAGAGACAUUCUUUUGAACCGCGAACACGCGGGUUUCCCCGCGCCGCCGGUCUCUCGAGCUCUGCCCUCCCCCCUCCCCCCCCCCGCUAGGGGGAGACUGUAAAUACAUUUGUACAUACGCUCAUCGCCAUUCCACACGAGAUCUCUCACGGUUAUAAGGACCCGGCACACCAUUUUUUUUUCUGCCCCCAUCCCUUCUCACCCCUUUCUCUCGAUCCCCUAGGAUCUUGUUAUUCCAUCUUCAUUUUUGUUUAACCGACCGCUUGCGCGCGACGUCGAUCAAAUCGGUCGAAUUUCGUUGCCGAUCUCCGAUGCGACGGACUGUGGAAGGCAACGCGCGAGUCCUCCAACUGUGUGACGUUCGUUUUAAAUUCUACUAUCUGUUAUGCGACUGGGAAACUGGAUCGACUCCGUGUCUCGUUCCCGAGGAGCGAGGAUCCGUCCUGUUCCUCCGUCGUCGAGCGUGUUGCAAUACGAAUGUCGAAUGCGCGCACGCGUUCGCAAAACGCUCGUCACGCUCGCGAGUCAUUGCACAGCGCCCCGCCCAACCGACCAGUCUCGCCGAUCGAUCUCGCCUUUUCUCACGGAGGUUCCCUCUUCCUGGAGAACGCGUCUCGUCGCGCCGGAUGAGCGAGAAGAAGACUCGUUCCUCGCUCCAUGAUCGAGAGAUACGAAUUUCAAAGGCAAACGAGAGGACGAUCGAUCGAUCGAUCGAUUGGACCGGUUGGCGAUUCGCGUGAGCAAUGCGACGUCGAACGGGGAUCUCCGUUUAUAUUUUGUCAUCGAGAGUUUCCGCGCUCUGUCCCCUAAUUACUGUAUAGUUAUCACAUCCGUCGUUGUUAUAGCCUCUUAUAAUUAAUUAUAAUUUUAGAAUGUGCUGAACCCCUCCCUUUCCCCUGACCCUUUCAACCCGCGUAAACAUUGUAUAUUUGCAAAGACUGAAAGGCUGUAAGUACAUCAUUGCGCGGGUGUUACUGCACUCGUACACAUGAAAUAAAUGCAAACUGUGUCUACAA